UCCCGGCACGUCUUGAUGAUGUAAUCAGCGUGCGACAGGACAGCCUGUGCUCCGGAGUUGGCAGUAGCAGCAGACAGAGAUGGCUGCGCCCACGGAGGAGUACCACGGCGGUGGAAGAGGGCUUGCUGGUUGUCCGCGGACUGUGCAUCCUUGGUGGCGGCUCGCGGUGCUCCUGUUCUCCGUGUCCUCCAUUCCGACGGUCACCGCUUUGGUGGAGGGUCUGUACUGUGGCACCGAGGUCUGCUACGAAGUGCUCGGCGUCACCCGGGAGGCCGCCAAGGCGGAGAUCGCCCGGGCUUACCGGCAACUGGCCCGCCGGUACCACCCAGACCGGUUCAGACUGGGAGACCCCGGCACGGAGGGAGAGACCCGGGAGUCCGCCCAGAAGAAGUUCCUCCUCAUCGCAACCGCGUACGAGACGUUAAAGGAUGAGGACACUCGGCGGGACUACGACUACAUGCUGGACCAUCCUGAGGAGUACUACCAGCACUACUACGCCUACUACCGUAGACAGCUCACCCCCAAAGUGGACGUCAGGAUCGUCAUCCUGGUCACCAUCUGCGCCAUCUCCAUCUUCCAGUACUACAGCUGGCACAACAGCUACAACGAGGCCAUCAACUACCUGGUGACCGUCCCCAAGUACCGAAUCCAGGCCAUGGAGAUAGCCAAGCAGCAAGGCCUCCUCAACCGCACCAAGGAGAAGGGCAAGAACCGCCGCUCCAAAGAGGAGAUCCGGGAGCAGGAGGAGGAGGUGAUCCGUGACAUCAUCAAAAACAAGAUUGACAUCAAAGGAGGCUACCAGAAGCCCAACCUGUCAGACAUCCUGCUUUGUCAGAUCGUGCUCUUCCCCUAUUACCUGACCAACUACGUGGCCUGGUACGUGGCCUGGGUUUACCGUUUCACUAUCUGCAGGGAAGAGUAUGGAGACGUGGAGAGGCUCUACAUCAUUAGUAUCAGGUUACCUCACAGCAGACUCUGUGUUUUAACACUCAGGAGGUACAUGAAGAUGUCUCAGUCUCAGUUUGACACUCUGGAUGAAAACACCAGACAGUCCUUCCUGGAGAAACAGCUCUGGAUCAAAGAAAACUACGAGGAUAAUAAAAUGGACUCCCACCAGGACUCAGAGAGGACGCCAAUAAAAGUGUACAGAAAGGAGCAGGAGGAGGAGAUGAAGGUGAAGAUGGCAACCGACCCAAGGAUGAAGAGGUACCGCCGCUGGAUGAGGAAUGAGGGGCCGGGCCGGCUGACAUUCAUCGAUGACUGACGGUCGUGAGCUCUGUCUGUAACAUACACACCUGCCUCAGUGCCAACAUACACGGACAACAUAUGCCGUGCUGUGUGGAGAAAUACCUGUACAGAAAGAUUAACUAUGCUUGUUUAUACAUGAGCGAUCAGCCAUCAUAAAGGGGAUGACUAAGUGGAAUAAACCGUGAGCUGGGUCUUCA